CGCUUGCGUGCUGGGGCCGCAGUCCGUUUGUCCGUCCUUCCCGCUACCUUUCUCCCGCUCCUGCCUGGGUCUGCAGAGGUCAUAGGACGCGGGGACCGGGCCUGCGUCGCCUGUGGCAGCGGGAGUGACUGCUGCGGGUUCGCGGAGACCCCGAACCCCAAGGGCAAGAGGAGCGCGUGGCGGACCAAAGGGAGCCGGUGGACGGCCGCGUGCCCACCAAUAGGUGCGGGGCUCGGAGCCGCCCAUCCUGCGCGGUCCCUCCCUCCGCCCCCGCCCCCCCCUCCUCCCGCGCCGGCUCCGGCUCCUGCUCCUCCGCCGCGCGUCUGGCACUCGGAGCGCCGCAGCGGCAGCGGCGGGUACAGCCUGCGCAGAGUCAGGUCGGGACGCCCAGCGGCAGCCGGGGACGACCGAGGGCGCGCGCCGCAGUCACCACCCUCAGCCUCGGUGGCAGCUGCUGACCCGCCACCAUGGCCCGCGGAAAAGCCAAGGAGGAGGGCGGCUGGAAGAAAUUCAUCUGGAACUCGGAGAAGAAGGAGUUUUUGGGCAGGACCGGUGGCAGUUGGUUUAAGAUCCUUCUGUUCUACGUGAUCUUUUAUGGCUGCCUGGCUGGCAUCUUCAUCGGAACCAUCCAAGUGUUACUGCUCACCAUCGAUGAAUUCAGGCCCACGUAUCAGGACCGAGUGGCCCCGCCAGGAUUAACACAGAUUCCUCAGAUCCAGAAGACAGAAAUUUCCUUCCGUCCUAAUGACCCCAAGAGCUACGAAGCGUACGUGCUGAACAUUAUCAGGUUCCUGGAGAAGUACAAAGACUCGGCCCAGAAAGACGAAAUGAUUUUUGAAGACUGUGGCAGUGUACCCAGUGAUUUCAAGGACCGAGGACCCUAUGAGAGUGGCCCAGGCGAGCGAAAAGUCUGCAGGUUCAAGCUUGAGUGGCUGGGAAACUGCUCUGGAAUAAAUGAUGAACAGUUUGGCUACAAAGACGGCAAACCCUGUGUCAUUAUAAAGCUCAACCGAGUUCUGGGCUUCAAACCUAAGCCUCCCAAGAACGAGUCCAUGGAGACUCUUGCCAUGACGAAGUACAGCCCCUACGUCCUGCCUGUGCAGUGUACUGGCAAGCGAGAUGAAGAUAAGGACAAAGUUGGAAACGUGGAGUACUUCGGGAUGGGUGGCUAUGCCGGGUUCCCGCUGCAGUACUACCCCUACUAUGGCAAGCUCCUGCAGCCGAAGUACCUGCAGCCCCUGCUGGCCAUCCAGUUCACCAACGUCACCUUGGACACGGAGAUCCGCGUUGAGUGCAAAGCGUACGGUGAGAACAUUGGGUACAGUGAGAAAGACCGCUUUCAGGGACGCUUUGAUGUGAAAAUUGAAGUUAAGAGCUGAUCACAAGCAGAGACCUUUCCCACUAGCCAUUUAAAAAGUUAAAAAAAAAAAAGAUACAGAAACCUACUAGUCUUGAACAAACUGUCAUACGUAUGGGACCUACACUUAAUCUAUAUGCUUUACACUAGCUUUCUGCAUUUAAUAGGUUAGAAUGUAAAUUUAAAGUGUAGCAAUAGCAACAAAGUAUUUAUUCUACUGUAAAUGACAAAAGAAAACUACAAAUUGAGCCUUGGGACGUGCCCAUUUUUACUGUAAAUUAUGAUUCCAUGACUGACUUGUAGUAAGCAGUGUUUCUGCCCCGAGUAUUGCUGUGUAUUUUAUUUAGUGUACAGUAUUCUAGGUGUACACUCUGGUCAUUUUUUCAAGCCAUGUUUUAUCAUAUCUGUUUUCUACUUUCUGUGAGCAAGGUUUGCUGUCCAAGGUGUAAAUAUGCAAUGGGAAUAAAACUGGCAUGGUACUUUGUUUUUUUUGUUGUUGUUGUUGGGGGCGGGGGGGCUGGCUCUUUCAAAGAUCAUUAAUGACCCAUCAACGAGUAUUUUUAACACACUCCAUAGUCUUUUGCCUGUGGUCUUAGGUCUUUUUUUUUCCCCCUGGGGCUGGUGGGGGGUGGGGUGGGUUGUCACGGGGAACUGCCCUUUCAAGUUUAAGUGACACUACAGAGAAACCCAGCUGUGAUGGGCAGUGUCAUGCUUUGUGGUGAAUGCCAUCUUGCCAUCAAUUACGUUGUCCUCCAGGAUGUUCUGACGCUGUGUGGGAGGCCUGGCUCUCCCGUCACUUUGGCCAGUGAUCAGGCGAGUUGAUUUGCUUUGUACGUUUUCUUUUACUUUCCUUUUCUCUGGAGGCAUCACUUGCUGGUGCUGUGUCUUCAUGAAUGUUUUAACCAUUUUCAUGGUGGAAGAAUUUUAUAUUUAUGCAGUUGUACGAUUUUAUUUUUUUCUGCAAGAAAAAAGUGUAAUGUAUGAAAUAAACCAAAGUCACUUGUUUGAAAAAUAAAUCUUUAUUUUGGACUUUAUAAAAAGCAACGCAGUGCCCCAUAGACUGGUGUUCAAUGUUGUCUGCAGUGCAAACCCAUGUCCUCACAUAUGUAACAAUCGACCGUGUAUUCAGUCAGGUGAAAACAAUGGACAAUAAACGAAUGAACAUUC